AUGCCAAUCCUCCCGUCUAAUACAGCUGAACCAGUAGCUGGUCAAACAGCUAACACCGAGAAACCUCAUCUUGUUAUCGGAGCCACUCCUGUAGACGGCCACACAUACCCUUUGAUCCGCAUCGCAGAGGAUCUUAUCCGUCGUGGUUACGAAAUCACUUUCAUCGGAGGUGAUCAGUUCGAAACCGCUAUCACAAAGAUCGGCGCCAAACAUGUUAGCGUCAGAUCGAUUUUCAAUCCCAAGUUCAUGGCAGAGCGUGAGGGCAUCCCUGCCGGCCUUCCUCGGCUACUGUACGAUAUCAGACAUGUCUUUACUGGCGAGACUCCCUAUCGCUGGGAAAUACUCAAGAGAGUCCUAGAGGAUAUUCGCGCCGAAAACCCAGAGCGUGAGGUGAUCCUCAUGCCUGAGACAUGCUUCAUGGGCGCCAACCCCAUUUCCCUUGGUGCACCUCUUCCCAAGGGCUACACUACCCGUCCCAAGGUGAUCAAUUUGAAUCCCAUACCUUACAUGGCUACGAGUAUUGACACUGCUCCUUUCGGCCCUGGUCUUCCUCCCGAUUCGACCGACUCUGGCCGGGCAAGGAACCAGUUCAUGAACCAGAUGAUGGUUGGCGGUCCCUUUGCCGAGGUCAUUGCCCAUCAGGAGGAAGUUUUGAAAGAGCUUGGGGCUACCGAGAUUCUCGAGCCCCAAGUCCCUUUCCAUCACUGGGUACUCAUACACGACUUGACUCUCCAGUUGUGUCCUCCCAGUCUCGAGUAUAACCGGACCGAUAUGCCCUCAAAUGUCAAGUUUUCUGGUUGCUUAACACCAAAGCCCACCCCUAGCGACUUUGUUUAUCCUGUUUGGUGGGAUGAUGUGAGACGUGGAGACCAUCGCAUUGUCGCCGUAACUCAGGGCACGAUUGCGCAAGAUGCUUCCAACCUCAUCGUUCCUACCAUUGAGGCUCUGUCUGGUCGAGACGAUCUCCUCGUCAUAGCCAUUCUUGGCCGAAAGGGUGCUGCUCUUCCCAAGGACAUGGUCAUCCCCUCCAACACCCGUGUCAUCGAUUAUCUUCCAUAUGAUGUUCUCCUGCCUCACGCUUCUGUGUUUGUCAUGAACGCUGGUUACGGUGGUUUCCUUCACGGCAUAACAAACGGGGUUCCUCUAGUUCUCGCAGGCGAGACCGAAGAUAAGCCCGAGAUUGCUAUGCGUGGAGAAUGGAGCGGCGUCGCUGUUAACUUACGAACAGGACAGCCCACCCCUGAGCUUGUUAGAGAUGGUGUUGAGCGAGUUCUUUCUGAUAAUAGCUUCAAGAAGAGAGUUGAUGAGAUCAAGGCGGAGAAUGAAGCGAUGAAUGUACACGACUUUAUAGAAGAGCAGAUUCUCGCUAUCAGAGAUUUGGAGGUAUAA